UCUGCAGCACCUCCUGCAGCUGCAGCAGCAGUGAAGGAGGAAGAGGAGGAGAAUGAGGUGGAGCAGAUUUUGGACCACAGAGUGGUAAAUGGAAGAGUAGAGUUUCUGCUGAAAUGGAAGGGGUUCACAUGGGAGCCUCAAGACAACCUGGACGGCCCCGACCAUAUCGCAGAGUACAUGCAGAAACACAAGGAGAAGGAGGAGAUAAAGAAGGAGGGCAAGAAGAAAGUUGUGAGUGAGGCCUCGGGAGACUCAGAGGAGCGAGGGAGCAAGAGGAAGAAGGAGGAGGAGCCCUCAGCAGACGUCAAGCUGGCGACCGUAGGAGGAAAGAAGGGCAAGAAGGCCGAUGAGGAGGAGGAGCAGCCUGCAGCACCUCCUGCAGCAGCGGAGGAGGAGGAAGAGGAGGAGGAGCAGCCUGCAGCACCUCCUGCAGCAGCAGAGGAGGAGGAGGAAGAGGAGGAGGAGCAGUCUGCAGCACCUCCUGCAGCUGCAGCAGCAGUGAAGGAGGAAGAGGAGGAGUAUGAGGUGGAGCAGAUUUUGGACCACAGAGUGGUAAAUGGAAGAGUAGAGUUUCUGCUGAAAUGGAAGGGGUUCUCAGAUGAGGAUAACACAUGGGAGCCUCAAGACAACCUGGACGGCCCCGACCUUAUCGCAGAGUACAUGCAGAAACACAAGGAGAAGGAGGAGAAAAAGAAGGAGGGCAAGAGGAAAGUUGUGAGUGAGGCCUCGGGAGACUCAGAGGAGCGAGGGAGCAAGAGGAAGAAGGAGGAGGCGCCCUCAGCAGACGUCAAGCUGGCGACCGUAGCAGGAAAGAAGGGCAAGAAGGCCGAGGAGGAGGAGGAGCAGCCUGCAGCACCUCCUGCAGCAGCAGUGAAGGAGGAAGAGGAGGCAUAUGAGGUGGAGCAGAUUUUGGACCACAGAGUGGUGAAGGGAAGAGUAGAGUUUCUGCUGAAAUGGAAGGGGUUCUCAGAUGAGGAUAACACAUGGGAGCCUCAAGACAACCUGGACGGCCCCGACCAUAUCGCAGAGUACAUGCAGAAACACAAGGAGAAGGAGGAGAAAAAGAAGGAGGGCAAGAAGAAAGUUGUGAGUGAGGCCUCGGGAGACUCAGAGGAGCGAGGGAGCAAGAGGAAGAAGGAGGAGGUGAGUGAAGGAAAGAGGUUACUCCAGACUGAAGAGUCCCAGAAAUCUAAUCUCAAUAUUAAUGAAUGCACACAGAGGGUUUCACAAAUGUCUUUUAGGAUUUAUAUAGAAAUGACUCUCCACAUUGCAAUAUGCACAUGCAUAUACAUACAUGUAAAAUAGUAGAGGUGCAAUGGAUCACCAAACUCACGGUUCGGUUUGGAUCACGGUUUUGAGUCACAGAUGGGAUACAUUUUUCGGAUCAGCACAAAAAAGGGAGG